AUGGAUCCCUCCCAAGUCAAGAUCCCGCCGAUGAAAGACCUCACGGUCGACAACAUCACCGAGAAUGUGAUCACGAUCAAUUCCCUCUGCGAAGAUCAGCGCAUGAAAUACAUCCUCGAGCGCCUCGUCACACACCUCCACGACUUCGCCCGCGAAACCCGCCUCAGCAGCGACGAAUGGAUGACUGGUCUCCGCUUCCUGACCGAAGUCGGCCAAAUCUGCACCGAUGUGCGUCAGGAGUUCAUUCUUCUCUCCGAUGUCUUGGGUCUCUCGAUCCUCGUCGAUUCAAUUGACCACCCAAAGCCCCCGGGCUCCACCGAGGGUACGGUACUGGGUCCCUUCCACACCCACGACGCCGAGGAGAUGCCGGCGGGCGAAUCCAUGUCUCACGACCCCAAGGGCGAGCCCCUGCUGGUCGUUUGCAACCUCCGUGAUACCCAAGGUAAGCCCAUCGAGGGUGUCAAGAUCGAUAUCUGGGAGACCGACUCGACGGGCCACUACGAUGUGCAGUAUGCCGGACGCGAGGGACCCGAUGGGCGCUGCAUUAUGCGCUCGGAUAAGGAUGGUGUCUUUUGGUUCCAUGCUAUUACGCCCGUCCCAUACCCGAUCCCUCACGACGGACCCGUGGGCAAGCUGCUGAAGAAACUGCAUCGUCAUCCCUUCCGCCCAUCCCAUAUGCACUUUAUGUUCCAGAAGGAGGGUUAUGACCACUUGAUCACUGCUCUGUACCUCCGCAAUGAUCCCUAUGAAACCUCCGAUGCCGUCUUCGGCGUCAAGGAUUCUCUCACCGUCGACAUUGGCAAGGCUGGACCUGAGAUCGCCAAGAAGUAUAAUGUCCCCGAGGGCCAUGCGCUGCUCACCUAUGACUUCGUACUCGUUUCCGAGGCCGAGACGAGCGAGUUACGCGCAAAGAACUCCAAGAUUGCCCUUGAUGCUCUUGGUCGGAAGGUGAAGAUCGUGAACGGACUGCCUGUGCCGGAUCUGGAUUAA